CUCUCUUUUUUUCCCACGUCAAAGAGCUGAAGAAAAACCUCUGCGACCUGCUCGUCGAGUGAGCCGUUUGGUCGCGUCUCCACCCAAACCCUAAUCCUCGUCCAAUCGUCCCACCCACCCCGGCCCCUCCUCUUGAAGCCGCCAUCGCCAUGACGACCCCCUUCCGCCCGUCCCCGCCGGCGCCCUCUGCCAAGGGCGGCUGCGGCGGCGACCGCUGCGCCUCGGGCCGCGACGCCUGGCCGCUCCACCACUUCCGUCACGAGGGCGUCUUCUGCCUCCUCUGCUCCUCCUGCGUCCUCCUCUACAGCCCGUCCGCCUUCUGCUCCGCCUGCCUCCACCUCCUCUCCUCCUGCCCCGCCGCUGCCGCCGCUCCCCCGGGCGACCCUGCCGUCGCCCCGCCCGGGCCCACAGCGCCCUGCUCCGCCUGCGGCGUCUCCGUCGCGCACCUCUCGUGCGUCCCGGCGGAGCACCCAGCGCCCUUCGUCUGCCCGCCCUGCGCCGCCGCUGCCGACGGCAGCGCCUUCUCGUUCGCGCCAGCGCCCGGCCGCCGCCCGCUCGAGGAGCGCGACGCGCGGGUCCUCCUCGUCGCCGCGCGUCUCGCGCACGACUCCGUCAGCCGCGCCGCGGCCGCCGCCCGCGAGGAGGCGGAGCGCCGCGUCGCCGAGGCCGCCUCGGCCAGGAAGCGCACCCGCGAGAUGCUCGACGCCGCCUUCCGCGCGCUCGAGGCGGAGGCCAGGGACGCCAAGAUGAGGCCGGCCGCGCCCGCGCCCACGCCCGCGGCCGCCCAGCCCCCAGCCCCCAAGAAGAAGCCCGAGGCAGCCCAGCCCGCGCCCCCCAAGAAGAAGCACGAGGCCAAUAGGGACAGGGACAAGAUGCUCAAGCUCAACGCCAUGCAGCAGCCUGCGCUGGCGUUCGCGGCGGCUGCAGCUGCGGCGGCGGCAGCCACUUCGGUGCCAUUGCCGACUCCCUCAUCAAGGGAGGAGAAGAAGCCUGUCGUGAAACAAGAAGCGCAAGGCUCUGCGCCUCCACCGAGGGAUGAUCAGGAUCGCUUUCCUCUGUUUGGGACCUUGCAGUCGUGAGAUUGUUGGUGCUGUAAUCUGCUUCUUCCUCCCCCUAUUCCAUUGUGUUAGCGUGAUUUUGUGCAGCGAAACAGUCUGAGGAGAGACUGAGGUUUGCCGUGCAGUGAUCUUGCAAAGUGUAAGGAUCGCAUUUCAGAGUCUCCUCACCGUAUAUCCUACUCUUUGGCAUGCUAGCUGAUCUUCCAUCCAUCAUAGCUGUUCUGCAUCCUGUGUUCCGAUUUGUUCUCUCGUAUUUCUAGUGAAAUGAUUUCCAAGAUGAAGUGCAACCAGGUUCUCCAGCUUCCAAACUGUCACUGGUGGCUUAGCUAGAUUUAGGAGACAUGGACAUCAGGGUUUUAGAACGAUGAGCAUCCCAAUUGCUCGUCCAUCCUGUUGCACUGUGGAUUGGAUAGACCAAAUGCUUAGUUGAUUGGACCAUAGGGUCAUCAAGUUGCCUGUCACACAAAUCUCCUUCACAAGUGAAUGCUAAAAUAACAGAAAUGUGUAUUAUGCAGAUCUCCCACCCAUUUGGUAUAUGCUAAACUUGUAAGUUUUGUUCGAGCUCAUUGCUUUGUUAAGAUAACAGAGAUUGAUAUGGUAUAUUGGUAUCCAUGGAAUGCAGUUGUGUGGUCAUACAGAUCUUCCAUUUCAA